AUGACAGAGUCUUCACGUCAACAGAAUGUUGGCUUGUAUUACAAAAGUAGUGUACUUUCAGAGAAAGGCGUUGGUUCACCAAAGACAGCAUUCAUUGGUGAAAAGAUGAAUGAAUCUCAAACAACGUCAACAAGUCAUCAGUCUGGAUAUCAUUCAUCUUCAAAAACAAAUUCAGAAGACACAGAUGAAAUUUUAUGCAAUAUUGCUCUUAAACUGAAAAAUUCUCCAGCAAUGAGUAUCAAUGCAGCGAAGCAGCAAAUGAGCUUUCUUGCAUCUGUCCUGGAAUCAUAUGAAGGUCUGGUAGCUGGAAAAAUCGGUAAUUCUGAACUGACGAAAGAAGACUACGACCAGAUUGAUCCAGAGGAGAUGGAGCUUAUUGAUAUUCAAGAAGAUCGAAAUGAUAUUGUUCGUAAAACAGCUCAUGGGAAAGCUUCGACAGCACCAAGAAAGUUUGCAAAUGUUGCUGAAAUUAAAGAAGAAAAAGAACCUGCUAAAAACCAUGAAGAAAAGGUUGAGAACAAAGAGAAAACUCGAGAAGAGAUCUUGAGUGAGAAAACACAUAAAGAAAGAGAUGUGGUUUACAGAAGAAUGGAUGAGAUGCAGGAAGAAUAUGAGAAUGCUGUCAGCAACAAACGAUGGGACAAGAAGAGAGAGUGUUAUUACAACAGAGAAGGAGAACCAGUUGCUGAAGAAGUUGAAACAGAAGCUGUGGAAGCUGAAGUUGUGAAAGUAGUUGAAGAACAGCAAAUUGACGAAGAAGAAAAGAAGGACGUCAAGUCAGAUGCUGGUAAUGUUGGUGAGGAAGUCAGUGUUGAACAAAAGCUAAAUGAUGCUGAGAUAAAGCAGCCAGAGGCAGCUGAAAACACCGAGGUGCCUAUCACUAAGGUGUUUCUGAAGAAAACUGAAUGUCAACCAAAGGAGAAACGAAGCAGCCUGGCACCGGAGGCUGCUGAUCCCUGCAACGGUUAA